CCUGCUGUUUGCACAAAAUUUAUAGAAUCAGAUACAAACUACCACAUCUAUUCAUCAUCACGUCUUCAAAACAGGAGGCUAUGCUGGGUCUUGCUCAAAAGUCGGUCUCGGCAACACACAACCCUUGGGCCACUAGAAAUGUGCGCCCUGCCCGACCCGACGGCAUCGUGUUACCCUUCCGCCAUCAAUACGGGCGCCCAUCAGCUCCCACGUGCAAAGAUCAUUCAAAACCUCACUUUGCAGGCAAUUGACUGUCUCAAUCCCGUAACUCGGAGGGUCCCAUGGCGCUGGCCAAUUCUAAAACUGGCAUCUCCAGUCACGCACAUCUAUGUGACCGCCGGCAGAAUGAAGCCCUUGUUCCUGGUCUGGUCUGGUCUACCACUGCAGCAGAGCGUACCAUGUUACCUUCCUCGAGGGCCCGCGAGCCAGCUUCUUGAUAUCCCUACGGACGUGGCGAUCUCGACUACUGCCCUCCACGUAACCUGGCAGCCGACACAGUCCCAGUAUUGCAUACUCUGCAUUUGAACGUCCUGUUACAAAUUGAGCUCGUACCACUAACCAAGACCACACCACGAUGGAGUCGAUCACACUCGCGGCCGACGACGAGCACCAAGGACACCUCUUGGCCACGCCCAUGCCCGACACCACCGAGCUCCCCGCCGCACCAGAUGCAGCAGGACCCAAGUUCCAGGGCGACCUCCUCAUCUUCCCCCGUGCGGAAGCGCGCAUCCUGCCGACGGCCGCAUCGGACGGCCCUCCAAGCCCCUUCAUCCUCAAUCUCUUCACCGACGCCUCGUUCCCUAUGACCAAGCACCACAGGGGCCCCUCGACGCCGUCGCAGCCGGCCGGCGCCGCCGUGCUCUGGAAGCCGUGGCCGGGUUUGGCGGGGCACGACCCGUGGCACUCGCGGGCGUUCCAGGUGCUGGCGUGCCGGGACUUUUGCGAAGCCGAGGUCUUUGCCGUCGUUGCGGCGCUCGAGACGGCGGCGCUGCUGUCGCACCUCAUGCCGGAGCUGAGACAGGUGACGGUAUUCACGGACUGCAAGGACGCCAUCCGGAAACUCAUCGCGGCUGCGGAGAACGCCUCCGACACGCUCGUCGAGCGCGCCGUUGCAGCGUCGCUCGAACUCGACGCCAAGGGGGUCCGGGCCCUCGUGCGAUGGUGCCCCGGCCACGUCGGUAUCGAGGGGAACAGCAAGGCCGACGAGCUGGCGAGGGAGGUCCGCUACUACAACUUCAGGCACCUGGUGCCCCGGCAGCAACCGGCCUCGGUGUGCGGGUACGUGAUUCCGGGAGAGUACCUGGAGAGGGCGCGACGCGGCGACUGGUGGGAGGACGGAGCCAGCCAGCCGCCUCGGACAGACAAGAAGCAAGUGAGCGUUUGGAGGGAUUGCGAGGAAGUGGAAGCGUCUCAAGACGAUGGCAUUGUGACACCCCAGCCAGCAACACGGGAGGAACCACCCCGGAAGAGACAGCGUACAGACGAGAGGCCCGGACCAAGUGGCCGCCAUGCGCUGCUGCCAAAGGGCACCGGCAUGGGUGUCUCUGUUGCCGGGGACCAGGACGUCAUCGUCGCGGGGUUCAUCGCCAGAUCGCGAGAGACUCCGCCACCAACGGCGGCUGUAAACGGGGCCGGAGAACUUUCGGAAGUCACCGACACAUCCACGCAGCAGACCGCAGCCUCUCCAAACAUGUCAGAUAGCGAGGAGGAAGAUGCAAACGACACACGUAGCCUAACCCUGGGACGAAGCCCGGAGCCAGGCGAACAAACUAGUCUUGAAUAGCUGCU